ACUGUUCCAGAAAGUGCCGGUUGUUCAGCGCGGCGAGCUGUCUGAAGGGAGUGCAUAGUAACGGGGAGAUUAACAGGCAACUGCAUCGGUUUAAAAAAAAAAUAUAUAUAUAUCAGGUAGAUCCGCGUUCAAUAUGUCUAAUUUGGGGACUCUCGCCUUUGACGAGUAUGGCCGGCCUUUCAUUAUCAUCAAGGACCAGGAUAAGAAGUCUCGACUGUCGGGCCUGGACGCACUGAAGUCACAUAUUAUGGCAGCCAAGGCAGUUGCUAAUACGCUGAGUACAUCGUUGGGGCCGAAUGGACUUGAUAAGAUGAUGGUUGACAGGGAUGGUGAAGUGACUGUAACCAAUGAUGGUGCCACCAUUCUGAGCAUGAUGGAUGUGGAACACCAGAUAGCAAAACUAAUGGUUGAGCUGUCCAAGUCCCAAGAUGAUGAGAUUGGGGAUGGAACCACUGGUGUUGUAGUUCUUGCUGGUGCACUCUUGGAACAAGCUGAGCAGUUGCUGGACCGUGGUAUUCAUCCCAUCAGGGUAGCAGAUGGUUAUGACCAGGCUGCUCGCAUUGCUAUUAACCAGCUUGAUAAGAUCAGUGACAGCUUCCCAGUUGAUCCCAAAAACACAGAGCCUCUCAUUCAGACCGCUAUGACAACACUGGGCUCCAAAGUUAUCAAUCGUUGCCAUAGGCAGAUGGCAGAAAUUGCUGUAAAUGCCAUCCUUACAGUCGCAGAUAUGGAUCGUAAAGAUGUUGACUUUGAGCUGAUCAAAAUGGAGGGGAAAGUUGGUGGAAAAAUGGAAGACACACAACUUAUAAAAGGAGUGAUUGUGGACAAAGAAUUCAGCCAUCCACAGAUGCCCAAGGUUUUGAAAGAUGCGAAAAUCGCAAUUCUUACCUGCCCGUUUGAACCACCCAAGCCCAAAACUAAGCAUAAGCUUGAUGUGACAUGUGUUGAAGAAUACAAAGCCCUGCAGAAGUACGAGAAGGAUAAAUUUGAAGAAAUGAUUCAUCAGAUUAAAGAUAAUGGGGCUAACCUAGCAAUUUGUCAGUGGGGCUUUGAUGAUGAAGCAAAUCAUCUUCUGCUACAGAAUAAGCUACCUGCUAUCCGUUGGGUUGGUGGGCCUGAAAUUGAGCUCAUUGCCAUUGCAACUGGUGGACGCAUUGUUCCACGAUUCAGUGAACUCACGCCCGAGAAGCUUGGUAUUGCUGGAAUUGUCAAGGAGAUCACUUUUGGUACAACAAAAGAUAGAAUGCUUGUCAUUGAGGAGUGCAAGAACUCAAGAGCUGUAACCAUCUUUAUCAGGGGAGGAAACAAAAUGAUUAUUGAAGAAACAAAGCGAGCUCUUCAUGAUGCCUUGUGUGUAAUCCGCAACUUGGUCCGUGAUAACCGCAUUGUGUAUGGAGGCGGUGCUUCUGAGAUCUCCUGUGCUUUAGCAGUUAACCAGGCUGCAGACAAGUGUCCUUCUUUAGAGCAGUAUGCCAUGAGAGCUUUUGCUGAUGCUUUAGAAGUCAUUCCAAUGGCACUAGCUGAGAACAGUGGCUUGAAUCCCAUCCAAACGAUGACUGAAGUUCGAGCCAGGCAGGUGAAAGAAGACAAUGCUGCACUUGGCAUUGACUGCCUGCACAACGGCACAAAUGAUAUGAAACAUCAACAUGUGAUUGAAACUCUAAUCUGUAAGAAGCAGCAGAUUUCCCUGGCAACUCAGGUGGUAAAGAUGAUCCUGAAAAUUGAUGAUAUCCGCACCCCUGGUGAAUCCGAGGAAUAAUAGCACCCAAGCCGCUGUCCAUUGAGGCUGUUUGUCUUGAAGCACUUCUGGAGAAUAUGUCAAAUCCCAGUACAGUUAUUUAUUAUUUGAUACCGCAAGUUGUCGCUCAGAAGAACUGUAAUUGUACUGACUGCAUAAAUAAAACGUUGGUCUGUAAGAA